CUUUACAAUGUUGUCUGCGUGUUGAUUGAAAUAUUUGUUAUGUUUCUCAAUAUGUUACAGACUUAAAUUCAUGGCGACACAAAUACAUUUAAAAAUGUAAUUUUUAAGAACAUUUCUUGUGUUAUUGCCUCUAGUUUUGCGGAAUGGAGGAUUUGCGACACAGGAACAGCUCCAAAAGUUUAAUAGCUACUGGAAAAAUGAGCGGAAAGCAUUCAUUUACAGCAUUUUCAUCAUUUUUAAGAGAAUUUAAACCUGUAUAUAAAGACAAUAGGUUUCAAAGAAUCACCUGGCUAGGAGCCAUGAACAUAGUUUCUUUGGUGUUACUCAUUCAUUGGUGCAAUUCUACUGAAAGUUUAGGUCUUCUGUCAAUUACGUAUCUGAAUUUGUUUGAUAUGUUAUGCCUGUGUAUUUGUGCUUUAAGCAUAUGGGUAGAACAAAAGAAACCAAAUAAACAGUUUACAUUUGGGUUUGAACGUGUGGAAGUUUUAGCUGUGUUUGUAUCUACAACCUUUUCAUGUACUAGUUCAAUUUUUAUCAUCAAAAAAAGCAUAACAAGGUGGAUACAGCAAACACAAAUCCAUACUGGCCGACUUUUUCCAGGAAUACUCUUGGCAUUUUUCUGUCAUAUGCUUAUUACUCAUUGUAUGAAAAAUAAAGGGCUUAAUCUUGUUGUUUGUGCAUCAGAUGCUAGUUGGCUUCAGAAUCGAAUGUCUUCAUUUACUCAGAGCUUAUGCCAGAUUGUUCCUGGAGUUACUGUUUCAGCAUGCCCAAGAAUCAACCCAUUUUCUCUCUUAGGCUGUGCUUCGGGAAUAACUUUGAUAAUAGCUGUGUUUUUUAUUGAUAUAUAUGACUACCACAGUGCUGAUGCAAUUGCUGGAAUAUUUAUAUCAUUACUAAACUGUAUAACAAUGUAUCCUAUCUGUGCCUAUAGCGGUAAAAUUUUGCUGCAAGGAACUCCACCACAUAUUACAGACUUGCUGGACAAGUGCCUUCAUGAAGCUUCCACAUUUGAUGGAGUUUUAGAGUUUAGAAAUGAACAUUUCUGGCUUCUAGGAUUCGACAAAAUAGUUGGCACCAUUCACGUAAGAAUACGGAGAGAUGCAAAUGAACAAGUUGUUCUGUCUCACUUAUUGAAUAAGUUAUCAUCUCUUGUAACAGAUAUUACCAUUCAGGUUUUUAAAGAUGAAUGGGCCUGGAGUAGUAGUACCAGACAAAUUUUAAAUGAUUCUUAUAUGAAGUUUCCUCCGACUUCAGAGGCAUAUGCAUCAACAACAUCCAGUUCUUUAACAAGUACUACAAAGCCAAUAAUAUUGAACGUUAAUCCAUCCUUAAAAGACACUUUUUCAUCCACAUAUUCUACUCCAAGUGUAAAGACACUUUCCCACUCCAAGCCUGUAGGUACAGGCUUUGCAAAUAUACCUCUACCACCAUCCUUAUCAUCUAGUUCUCACACUACAAAGACUUCUAAUUUGCAGUACUUUUCAAUUGACAUGGCAGGCACAAACUAUGUACCUAAGCAUGAUGCAAAUCAACAGUCAGCGAUGCAGGUCAUGUACAGUUCUGAAACUUCUGCGAGUAAAUACAACCGAGAGCUUAGCAUAAAUCCCUCAGCAGUUAGCCAUGAUUACAUAAAAUCUUAUAAAACUUGAUUGUAAAUAAUAAUUAUUUUAUAAAUUAUGUGUGUAUUGUAUAUACUAUAUAUGUAUAUUUUAAUGAAAAUGAAUUUUUUUUUUUUUUUUUACAAAAAACUUACUGCUGGUGUCAUGUAAGUAUUAAUUCAAAUUCAAGUUACACGUUUGGUAUUUUUGAUGCAAGCAUAAAUUUGCUAAUCUGUUUUUACUACUAAUAAAGGGGUAGGUAAAUUGUUUCUUACAAUAGUAAUAAUAUUUUUAAUGUAUUAUUUUUAUUUGUAAGCAUAUUAAUUUAAAAAUUGUAUCUUAGAAAUUUCUAAAUCCAGCACAAUCGUUGAUUAAGUAUGUUAAAAUAUUAACAACAGGUUUAAGUAUUUAACAAAGUUGAAAUGUUUGCGUGUCUUAGAAAUUAUGAUUGGAAAUUAAUGUGUUUUAAUAGAUUCCUUUUUACAUGUGCUUUACUGCUCGGUUUGUACUGUGAUAUAUAAAUCAAUGACCUGGUUUUUAUGUUAUUUUUAGGGAAUUAAACAAGAAGGUUCUGUUAUGAUAUUGAUUUCCCCCCCCCCCUUUUUUUUGCUUGCUCAAGCUGCUGGAGUUAUUUUCAUGAAAAUCAACACUUCCGAGAUUUUUUUAGAUUUAGCCACUGAAAACUGCCUUUUUUUAUUUCACAGAAUAUGCUGAAGAAAUUUAUUUGUCGUUUUAGACAGUAGUUACCUUAGUAUUGUAAAAUAAUAAAUAUCACUGAAGAAGUUUGAAUACUAUGCUGUUCAAACUUUUCUGCUGUUAAUGUAAAGGCACCAGUCACAGACAUGCUUAAGACAUUGCUCUCAGGUUUAAUCAAUUUUCUGAGCCUUUUAAUGUAUUUAGACUUUUUAAACUAUUUUUCUCUCAUGCAACAACAUCUCAUCUAACGUUUGGCUGCUUCUAUAAUCCUCUGAAUUAGCUAAUUCUAUUUUAACUUGCUCAAUUUCGGAAAAAGGUCUGACCCCCAGUAACAGAAACCGAAAAAUCUGAUGGUACCCAGCAACAGACAGGAUAAGGAAGAAAAGAUGAUUAAUGGACAAAAUUCCCUUUUUCUUUUCAAAAUGUGCAAAAGUUCUUAAUUUUAAGAACUAAAGCCUUAUUAAAUUCAAAUAAACUUAAAACACCAGCUGACCUUGAGGUGACUGUUCAUAAUUUUCCACCUCUGCCUUGUAAAAAACAACUGGCUCGUAAAAUUCGCGCUGAUUCCACUAGAUGACUGCACCAUAUUCAUGGGCCACAGAAACAUCAUUUUUAUCUGCCUAAAAGGCUUAUUAUUUAAAUCCAGACUUAUGACUCUGUUACUGGACCCUUGUCUGUUACUGGUGACCUUACCCUAUAUCUUCAUUUUAACUGACAUGUGCUAUAUUUCAUUAAAAAAUUCUACAUUGCAUGUUUUGUUCUUUCUUCUUUUUCUUAAUUGCUAAGCAGCUAAAAAGUAACAAUUUGUUGUUGUAUUCAUUGAAAUUGCUCAUCUUGCUUGAUUAUUUUCUUUCAAAAAAGUAAUUUUCAGUGGCUAAAAAUACCAUAGGUACAUAAAGAAGCUUACGUGCUUUUUUAUUUUUUAAUUAUUUUAUUUAUUUUUUAAUUUAUAUUUUUAUAAUAUAUUUUUUAUAUAAUUGUAUGCAAUGUCAAAUUUGGUAUCAUCCUCCAGAACUAAGCAAAGAAUUUCAUAGUGUUUCUUUUACAAGGGAAAUUUAUUCCUUCAGGCUUUGAAUGUAAGUAAGACUUUAUAUAAUGAAUUGCAUUAAAAUUUUUGAAAAUUGUUUUUGUCCUAUACUUUGCAUUUAUCUGUUGAAAUUUUAUGAAUUGUAAACAAGUAUAAAAGAUACAAUGAUAUUAAAAGGUGUGUCUAAAAUUUCAAAUGUAGUAUUUUUCAAAUUGGAACAUCUUUUUAAAUAUUCCAUGCAAAAAUUCCAGCCUCAGAUGCAAAUUUAGAAGAAAUAAAAGGUAUUUUUACUAAAAUUUUAUCAGAAAUUUGAAUGAUUGGAUAAAAUGUAGCUUCAAAUUUGAUGAACUGAAGGAGCUCAAGGUUCCAUCAAAGAAAUUUAGAUGUGUAAUAAAACUUUAUUUAGCUAAAAAUUAUAACUUUUUGUUUGGUUGAACGCAGAUUUUGUGAAUCAAGUUUUCUGUGCAUAUAUUUUACUUUUAUACAUAGAACAAAUAUAUUUAUUAUUUUUUUAGUAUUUCAAUAAAAGGAAUUUGUGG